AGCAAUCACAAAUGUAAAUCAAGUCGUAUUCAUUCAUUCAUCCUCUUGCCAGACUCACCAAAAAAGUACUGAAAUAAAAAAGCGUGGCGUAAAACGCGUAAAAAACUCGUAAUUCCUUGAUAACAACCAGGCACUGUAGCUGAAUAUUGAACGCCAACGUGAGCGUGAACACACAACAUUAAGGCGACCAACCGGUCCUGGCGAACAAGACAUCUAACGAACAAAAUGGAAAAAGGAUUUUUAAUUGUCCUGCCAGUGCUGUUGAUAUUGAUGCCGCUUUUAGCUACGGCACAAAAACCACGCCGCGAUGAGAAUUAUCCUCCACCAGAAUUUCUGAAAAGAUUUACCAUCAUCCAUGAUGUUUGCGUUGAGAAAACAGGAGCAACCGAAGAUGCCAUCAAAGAAUUCAGCGAUGGAGAUAUUCAUGAAGAUCCGGCUUUAAAAUGCUACAUGAAUUGCCUAUUCCACGAAGUGAAUAUUGUCGAUGAUGAUGGCGAACUUCAUUAUGAGAAAUUAAAACGCUUAUUGCCCGAUGAGUUGACGAAAUUUGUUCAGCACAUUGUCGAUGCCUGCGAAUCGCAUGUACCCAAAGGAGCUACACAAUGUGAUAGAGCCUGGUCAUGGCAUGUCUGUUUCAAGGAAACAGAUCCUGUGCACUACUUCUUGCCGUAGGCUCAUCAAGUGCCGGCUGGCAAUGGAACGAACUACCAUGUAAUGAAAUGAACAACUGUUUUGGUGUUUUGCAUUGGUGUAUUUGGUCUAAUUAAUCAAUUAUAUUCGGUAGGAGGUUUUAGGGGGUAAUUAUAAAAUCUAAUAUUCUUAUAUUCAAUAAACGGCAACUGAAAUUGUUAAUGCA